UAGUGCGCAACACAGAGCGGAUGUGGCCGCGUUGCUCUGGGAGCAGCUGGUCGGCCAUUGCUGUGUGUCGUGGCUCUAUAACCAAACACAGAGAGAGCGGGAGAGGGACGGGCGCACUGGAGGAACGAGGCACAUUUCACUUCAUUAAUUACAACGAAGCGUUUGAGUCUUUGAUAUUCGGGUUGUAGGCUUCACAAUAUCCGGAUAUGUCCUUCAUAUUUGAUUGGAUUUACAGUGGUUUCAGUAGUGUACUGCAGUUUCUUGGACUGUACAAGAAGUCAGGCAAAUUAGUAUUUCUUGGAUUGGACAAUGCUGGCAAGACGACGUUAUUGCACAUGCUUAAAGAUGACAGAUUGGGUCAGCAUGUGCCAACUUUACAUCCAACCUCUGAAGAGCUGACGAUUGCUGGCAUGACGUUUACAACCUUCGAUCUGGGUGGCCACGCUCAAGCUCGUAGAGUUUGGAAAAACUACCUCCCUGCCAUCAACGGUAUUGUCUUCCUAGUGGACUGCGCAGACUUACUCAGACUGGCUGAGUCCAAAACAGAACUCGAUGCACUCGUAACAGAUGAAACUGUUGGAAACGUGCCGAUCCUGGUCCUUGGGAACAAGAUUGACAGACCUGAAGCCAUCAGUGAAGAGAGGCUACGAGAGGUGUUUGGAUUAUACGGACAGACAACGGGCAAGGGCAAUGUCCCCCUGAAGGAGCUCAAUACAAGACCACUAGAAGUGUUCAUGUGCAGUGUGCUGAAGAGACAGGGCUAUGGCGAAGGCUUCCGCUGGCUGGCACAAUACAUUGACUGAGUCCAUGGCACAGGAGUUCUCAUUAUGUUUGAUCAUCUGUCUGCUUAGAAAGUCAAAACAUGUAUAACUUGAACCCAAUAUGACUUUUAUUGGUUGAACAUUUGAUUAUAAAUUUUUCACAUUUUUCUAGGAGAAUAGUCUAGCAUCGGCUGAUAAUUUUUCCCCAGUAGUGUGUGUGUGUGUGUGUGUGUGUGUGAAUGUUGCAACAUGUUAACUGUAACCCCACUGGAUAGCUUCUUUUUUAACAUCACUUUCUUGGCUCUGUUUCCCAGCCCUGUUUUGAAGAGUGGGUGAUGUAGUGCUAUGCAUUUGAAUGCACUUUUUAACAGGAUAGACUACAGACAUGUGACUAGUAUUUAAUAAGCAUCAUGUACAAUUUUUAUGUUCUAUUUUUUUUGGAAAUGUUUGGUUCAAUAAACCUAGAAUAUGUAACCACCCAUGCACUUGUUACUUUGAAACCUUUUUCUAGCUGCGUGACGCCUUAAACCAUGAAAACCUCUCCAGAGCUGAACUAAUGAAGUAACCUGUUCAUAUUAAAUAUUCUGCUUUAUAAAUGCCCAUCAGUCAGUCGAGAUUUCCCAUUGGGUUUUUCUGGGGGAAUGCAAUGUAAUUGUAAAGCUGGUUGUUUACUGCCAGGGCUCAGUCUAGAUGCUUUUCUAUAGACUCAAUACUGCUGCAGUCCCUCCGCUACCACUGGAAAAGGUCUACAGCACACACACUGUCCUAGAAAGAGAAAGGCCUGGAUUCAUUUCACUGAUUGCUUCUUCCCAACAGCAAACUGCCCUCUCUCAUUAUACUCUUCAUUCUCCCUGGUGGCUGUGCUGCAGGUUGCAGGUCGAAGCCGAGCAGCUGGUUUGUAUAUAGAAGCAUCCACACAGACUGAUCUCAGUGCCGUUCCCCUGGCUGCAAACAACAGCUUACAUGCUGAAGGGUAAGGGGCAUUGGGCCAGAAUCCAAUCAAGCAUCAACUCAUCAGUUCUGCGCAGCUGAAAGUGGACUGUUUGAGAAGGGUGGCAAAAGAUAUGAAAAAAUGUCAUUACUGUUCAUUUUUGACUAAUAGUAAAAAAAUAAUAUAUAGUAAUUGAAAAGAAAACUAUUGAUUUGAGUGUUUAAACAACAGGGUGUCACUGCUUCUAGGCAUUCUUGAACAGAAGUUAUCUAGUAGCAGAAUACAGCAGAUUUUGUCUGUGUGUGUGUGUGUGUGUGUCUGUGUGUGUGUGUCUGUGUCUGUCGCACUGAUUUGAUCAUACCAUGGAGGAAUGAUCUUUCUGUUUCAUGACACUGAAAGCUCUGAUUAACCCCCUCCUGCCCAUGUGCAAUCAAACUCCCCACUACCAGGAGGCAUCUUGCAAUGUAUUAACUGACAAAUUAAAUCAAUAAAGUCCAUUUUGACUUCUU